UGAGGCGGUGAAGCUGGUGCAAAGACAGGCUGAGAGAAGAGGGAGAGGAUAAGAAAGAGAGGAGCUGAGUGUGAGGAUUCUGUCCUUUUUUUUGGUAACAUUGUCAAAACGAUGGGAAGGAGAGCAGAGAGGAGGUAGCAGGGGAUCUGUGAGCAUCUCGUUUCUGCAGUCGAGGAGAUCUGCUGCUGCUAUUUACCCAAGACCCUGGGGACGGAUGGAUGCUUACACAAAUAAAUGCCAGCAUAAUUGACUUGGUUGUGCAUGAGGGACUUUAGUUGGACUGUUAUUCGCUCCUUCUCAGUGGGUCUUCACAGAGACACAGAGCAGGAUCAAAGCAGGAUGUGGUGUUGCUUGCAUGCAUGCCUUAACGAGUGUGUGUUUGUGGGCAUAACAGGUGCUCUCAGGUGAGCGAGCUUAACUUGAAACCAGUCUGUAAGCUGACUCCAUCACUCCGCCGUGUGCCUACGUUUGUGCGUGCGUGCGUGUGAGGUAGUUACAAGCUUUGCGUAAAUGUGUCUGUAUGUCUAGCUGAGAAUACUCAGGUGCACAUACAGAAUGGCCUGUUUGUGACUCUCUCACACACUCACACGCAUGACAGGAGGAAGUGACACGUCUGUUGCUCGCUCUUGCAUUUCCUGGUCGUCUCUCCGGUAGCACCCAAAGUGCCGAAUCGAAGCCGAGUUCACCUGUUUCGCCCUCGCAGGUGGGCUCUAAAGCCUCUGGAUGCAUCAGCACAGGAGUGCAGACUAUUUCUGGAUGAGUAAAGGGCAGUUGUAUGCGUGUAGACUCUGACUGUGGCCAAGCGUCACUUCGAGACAACCCAUCGCUUCCUCGAGCUGCCAACGUGCUACUCUGGUGCUUUUCUGGUGCCAGAGGCUGUCCUCGGACCUCUCCAUGACCGUCAACACAGUGCUGACCCCCUCCAUGACCAGCAGUAACAGCAUGAGCAGUGGGUACUGCAGCCUGGAUGACGAGAGCGAGGACUUCACUUUCUUCACAGCCAAGACCUCGUUCUUCCGCAAGCCUAGGCAAACAACUAAGCAGAAUGCAGCAAAGGAAGAAGAGAAGGGAGCGACAAAAGACCUAUCAGAGGAAGAAGUGCGGGCCAGGAUUGAAGAGUAUAACGCUCAAGUCACAGAAAAUGGAAUGAAAUUGGCUUCAGACGGCUCAUACACAGGCUUCAUUAAAGUCCACCUGAGGCUCAAUCGACCAGUCACCGUCCAUGGCGUGGACCCGUCAGCCUCAGAGGAUGCGUCCAAGCAGGUCAGCGACCGCCUCCAAGCUCCGUCGAAGGAGCAGGAAGCUACAGACUCUGAGCAUUCAGAGAAGAGAACGUCCUUCUAUCUACCAAGCGACAGUGUGAAGCAGCUCCACAUCAGCUCUCAAACCACCACAGGAGAGGUCAUCAAGGGCUUGCUGAAGAAGUUCAUGGUGUUGGACGAUCCACGCAAGUUUGCGUUGUACAGGCAGACGCACCGCGACGGACAAGACCUCUUCCAGAAGCUUCCUCUCUCCGACCACCCUCUUCUUCUAAGGUUGAUUGCGGGACCAGAUCCAGAGCAGCUCAGCUUUGUGCUUAAGGAAAAUGAGACCGGAGAAGUAGAGUGGCAUGCAUUCUCUGUCCCCGAGCUUCAAAACUUCCUGGUCAUCCUUCAGAAAGAGGAGGCGGAGCGCAUUAGAGCAGUGGAGCAAAAAUACACUGUUUACCGAAAGAAACUACAGCAGGCCCUUCAACAACAUACCCCCUGACCCCCGUCACACAUAACGUCAUGGCUUUAACCCAGGGAGAGACUGACCCUUUGAACUCCGACACCUUCGAGAUCUAUUCACAGAGCGGAGCCCGAACUAAACUUUUCUUGGAGCUCCAGAUAUACACGCGGACGUGCACACAUGUUCACACGUGGUUGCAUAGCCUUUCUCAGGACGCAUAUGAGCCCCUCUCACCGCCACCACAACCCCCCAUACGUCGCCUCCUUGUGAAGGGGAUCGGGAGUCGAAAGCGCUGUAAAAAGCUACAGAGUGUGUGUUGUCUUCUAGCUGAUGGGACAAAUAGUGCCAAGGACGCGUGCACACACACACAUACACACAGAAAGAUCUGUACUGUAACUCAACUCGAGUUGAGACUGAUAGAUUUGAAUAAGUGGUGUUUGUAAAGAUUCCCUCUUCUUCUGCUACCGCUGCUGCUGCUGCUGCUACUGCAAGUGUUACUUAUGCAUGAGUCUGAGCUCAUCUUCCCUGCACAUAGACUUAGGAUUAGAACAGUAGGCAUGAUUACUUUUUUUCUGCAUCAUGCAGGGAUGGAAGGACAAUCAUACUGUGUUGUUCCUGGAAAUGAUGUAUCAGUUAUCAGCAGAUGUGCUAUUUUAUCUCUCGGGAGUUCUAAGGGAGGUAUUUAGGGUGGGAGUUGAAGUACUGGCAACCUGUGCUUCUCCUUAGAAAAUGUUUUCUUAAGGAGUUUCGAAAUCUCAGAACAGGUAUAAGAACGCGAGAUCCAUUCUGGGCUUUUUCUCAGGGAGCAUGAAUUGGGAACAGAGAAAAGCUAAAGGAGGAAAAAGAUAGCCCUGUUCCACGUAGAACAAGCUCGUUUUAGCCCCUGCUUAUCUGUUCUUAUUUGCUAAAUUCAGUCAGUGCUUCUUCAGCCACACCCAGUUAGCACCCUUCUCCAUGCUCCUGCAAAACAUACACAUAAUCCAGACAUGUUCCAAGAUGAUAACUGUCAUAUAAUUUCCAUUUCCCCUCUCACUUUAAUCGCAAUCAAACUUGCAUGAAUUCCACUUGCAAACUGCAUGAACCCCACCUGCGGAGAAAAGCCUGCCGAGGGAGGUGAACAACAAACCUUUAUGGACACACUUUAUGUACGCUGAUGGAGUUGUAUAUUAAAUGUUACAGGACUUUGACGCCAAAGCUUAGAGGGGGCACAUCUGCCGAGAGUGAUUAAAGCGAUUACAGACAAAAGUUUGUUGAAUUAAAGGUGGUGUAUGUGAGGAAAAACUGAUUCUGUUUUGCACAUUUACAGUAGACGCAGGUUAAUGAUGGUCCACACAUCUGGGGCUGGGCAUGCAUUUAGGUUUUCUUGAAUCUACCUGCCUUCCAACCUAAAGAAAAAAGAGGAAAUAAUAAUAUAUAAAAUUCAUGAACAUGGCUAUGAUGUACCAAUGAUGUGUUUGCAAUGCAUAUGAAUUAUGUAGACACUGGAAAAAGAGUGACAAGGUUUAACUUAACUGUUAAAAUGAACAUUUUUAGGUAUCAUUCCUACUGGUUGGUUUGUGUGUGUGUGUGUGUGUGCGUCUGUGUGUGCGUGUGUCUGCACUCUCAUUUAGGGCAGUGAGGAUAAUGUGAACAGUGUUUUAAAAUGAGUGUGUCUGUCAACAGCGCUCCAUCAUUGGGCCUCACUUACAAAGAUGUGCAUUUAGUGCACGUAUAAUGUAACGGAUCCUAACUGCACAUUAGCUGCUGCUAAAACAUCUGGAGUGCAUGCAUCACAGAAAACAUUCAACAAAAACCUUGAGAAGUUCUUAUGCUUCUUCAUUUAGUGCAUAAAAGUACUGAUACACGAGGCCUGUUGUCCAUGAGCACAUGCGUCCCUCUGUACUGUUUGUGUGUUUCUUUUUUUUCUUCUUUUUAACGCCACCACCCAAAGCCUGAGCUGUUCCUGCUGGCAGUGCCUUUUUUUUCUUGUGCCCCUGUGUAUCUAUGUACGGUGUGUUUCAGCACACAGGUGCCCGAGUUAAAUGUAUGGGUGCUUUCGCAUGUGUGCAAACCUGUGUCCCCCGGGUGGUGCUGUUUCUCUCAUUUUUCUUUCUGUCCUGUAACACUCAUGUCUUUCCACCAAACCCUCUGUGGGAAUGUGUGUGUGUGGGUUUGCGUGUGCGUGUGUUAUUUAUUUCACGGUUCACACCAUCCACGUUGUUAUUAUGUAAGGGAUGUGUAGACCUGAUGCUUUUAUUGCGAUUUUAUUUUGUUUUAUUUGAAGAAGUGUGUGUAUAUCAGUAGAAUUGUACAAAAUAUGAAAAUGAAAUUAAAAAAAGGAAAUUCCUUUAUUGAAACUUU